AACAUUAUACCUACUGCCUUAGUGUAGGUGGGUCGGCUAGCAAGGGCAUUGUAAUGCCGCGCCGCGAUUUCGUUUAGUUAUAGUUACCAUGUAUUGAUAUCAUUGAUAGUGACCAAAAAAUAGCGUUAUUAGAGCUAGUGCCAGUAAUAGGAUCUUUAAUACAAUUGGAUCUGAUUUAAAUGAGUCCCCUGGUGUCCUUGUCCUAGAAAUAUUUAUGUAACUAAUGUGCUGCUCAGCUGUUUUUAUAUAAAGGAAUUAAUUAAAAGGCAAACAUGUCACGUAGAAGAUUGUUGGUUGGAUGUACGGCAGGUGUAACUGGAGCGGCUGUCGCAGCCUGGGCUUUUGCUGCUGAUGACUCGCCUUUGAACUGGUACCAGUCGGCAACAGUUUCAGCUAAAUCUGAUCGUAAAAAGCGACCUCUACCGCCCAGGUCCGAGCAAAUCAAAAACCUGCAAGCGGGCCAUACAUAUGACGUCCUUAUUAUCGGAGGUGGUGCCACGGGGGCUGGUUGUGCCCUGGAUGCCACCACACGAGGUCUCCGCACAGCACUAGUAGAAUCAGAUGACUUCGCGAGCGGUACAUCAAGCAGAAGCACAAAGUUGAUCCACGGCGGAGUCAGAUAUCUCCAAAAGGCGAUCCUUCAGCUGGACUACGAUCAGUAUAAGAUGGUGAAGGAGGCGUUACACGAAAGAGCCAAUAUGCUGGAAGUAGCACCACAUUUGACAAGACCAUUACCAAUAUUGCUGCCCGUUUAUAAAUGGUGGCAAGUACCAUACUACUGGUUCGGUAUAAAGAUGUACGACUUGGUGGCUGGAGACAGGAAUCUGAAGAGCUCCUAUUAUCUAUCUAAGAAGAAUACUCUAGAACUAUUUCCUAUGUUGAAAUCUGACAACUUGUGUGGAGGCAUCGUGUAUUAUGACGGCCAGCAAGACGACGCACGUAUGAAUUUAGCUAUCGCGUUGACAGCUGCCAGACAUGGCGCCACAAUCGCCAAUCACGUUAGAGUUCUGAAGUUGCAUAAGACAGCUGGAAAAUUGAGUGGAGCUAGAGUUAGGGACGAACUAACAGGAAAGGAAUGGGACAUCAAAGCAAACAGUAUUAUCAACGCAACUGGACCAUUUACGGACUCCAUCAGGAAGAUGGAUGACCAGGCCGUUAGAGAGAUUUGCUGCCCAUCUUCUGGAGUGCACAUUGUUUUGCCGGGAUAUUACAGCCCCGAACACAUGGGUCUUCUAGAUCCGUCCACGUCAGACGGUCGUGUGAUUUUCUUCCUUCCAUGGCUGAAAGGGACCAUCGCGGGUACAACUGACCUGCCUUGUGACGUUACGCACACGCCCAAACCCACGGAAGACGAAAUCCAGUUCAUCCUCACCGAAGUCAGGAAUUAUCUUAACCCUGAUGUUGAAGUUCGUCGUGGUGACGUGCUAUCAGCAUGGUCGGGCAUUCGGCCCCUCGUGUCCGAUCCCAACAAGCCGGACACGCAGUCCCUCGCCCGUAACCACAUAGUCCACGUGUCUCCCUCUGGAUUGGUCACCAUCGCUGGAGGGAAAUGGACCACGUACCGGUCUAUGGCCAGUGAAACUAUUGACGCUGCUAUUGAAAGUGCGAACCUGAAACCUCUGUUCCGUGAAUGUCAGACCGACGGCUUCCUUAUUGAAGGUGCUCAUGGCUGGACACCUACAAUGUACAUACGACUCGUACAGGACUUCGGACUUGAAAUGGAGGUCGCCCAACACUUGGCAAAAUCAUACGGUGACCGUGCCUUCGCUGUCGCCAAAAUGGCUGCCAUGACAGGCCAGAGAUGGCCUGUUAUUGGUAAGAAGUUGCAUCCCGAGUUUCCUUACAUCGAUGCUGAAAUCAGAUACGGUGUCCGCGAAUACGCGUGUACGGCGAUCGACAUGAUCGCUCGGCGUCUCCGUCUGGCCUUCCUCAACGUACAAGCUGCUGCCGAGGCCUUACCUGGAAUUAUCGAUAUUAUGGCUGAAGAACUUAAGUGGAACGAGUCUGAGAAACAGAGACAAAUGAAAAUGGCCGCCGAUUUCCUAGCGAACGAAAUGGGACAGAUGGUGAACCGAGCUAGUCGUGACAAAAUACCAAUUAACCUCAACAAAGACGAGAUACAGACGUACAUCAAACGUUUCCAGAUCAUAGACAAGGAUAAAAAGGGUUAUGUGUCUAUUAACGAUAUCAGAAGAAGUCUUAAGAGUAUGGGUGUGAAACCUUCAGAUGCAGAAAUAAGUGCAAUUUUAUCUGAAAUAGAUGCUACAUAUCAUGGACAAUUGGAAAUACAAGAUUAUCUACAGAUGAUGUCAGCCAUCAAAUCGGGUCACGUGACGUAUUCGCGCUUCGCCCGGAUGGCGGAAAUGGAAGAGGAGCAUCACGAAAAGGAAGUUCUCAAGAAACAGAUCAGUGUUGAGAGGAGUGGCGGUGGCUUGUAAGACUUUUUUAGAUAGCUACGAACACCUCUUCAGUUAAACAAUCCUGUAGGUUUUACUUACCCCAAAGUAUUAUUGGCAAGAACAUCAAGUACUACGAC